AUGCUCAAACAGGACGAAGAAAAGUUCCCCAUCGAGCAGACUUUUUCUGACCAUUCGGUGGGGGCCAUUGAGGAAACCUCCAAAGGUGGGUGGAGCAAUUUUAUUGAUUCGUUCAAGCCACUCCCGCAAAUUGAGGUUGACCCAAAUUUAUCGGACAUCGAGAAAGCAAACAUCCUGUCGGCCAAGUCGCCGUUGCAGAGAUCCCUUAAAUCCAGACAUAUCCAGAUGAUCAGUAUUGGAGGAGCCAUAGGUACCGGUCUGUUUGUUGGUUCAGGUUCCGCACUGUCCUCAGGAGGUCCUGCAUCUCUGCUUAUUGCAUAUUUCAUCACAGGAAUCAUGAUUUUCUGCACGGUCCACGCGCUAGGAGAGCUUGCAGUCACCUUCCCCGUUUCCGGGUCGUUCAACCAAUACAAUAGUAGAUUUGUGUCUCCUUCCUGGGGAUUCGCCAUGGCCUGGAACUACGUCAUGCAGUGGAUUGUCACGUUGCCUCUGGAAUUGGUGGCUGCAUCCAUCACUAUCAAAUUCUGGAACAGCAAAAUUAACUCGGCUGCAUGGGUCUCUAUCUUCUACGUGCUUAUCGUCGGAAUCAACUUCUUUGGCGUCAAGGGCUACGGUGAGGCCGAAUUUAUAUUUUCCCUGAUUAAGGUGAUUGCGGUUGUCGGGUUUAUUAUUUUAUCUGUGAUUCUUGUGAGUGGGGGUGGCCCAUCCCAUGAGGUCAUUGGAGCCCGCUACUGGCAUGAUCCAGGUCCGUUCCAUUCGGGAUUCAAAGGUCUUUGUACCGUGUUUGUCACCGCUGCAUUCAGUUUCAGUGGUACAGAGCUCUGCGGUUUGACUGCAGCAGAGACCGAAAACCCGAGAAAGACUCUGCCAAGAGCCACCAAACAGGUCUUCUGGAGAAUCACCCUGUUCUACCUUGUUUCGCUUACAAUGGUGGGAUUCCUCGUUGGCUACAACGACGACCGUCUUUUGGGAAGCUCCUCCGUCGACAUCGCCUCGUCUCCGUUCGUCAUCGCCAUUAGAGACAACGGAAUUAAAGUGCUGCCUACCAUCAUGAACGUUGUCAUUUUGGUAGCUGUGCUUUCUGUCGGAAACUCUGCUGUCUUCGCAAGUAGCAGAACCAUCGCUUCCCUGGCGCAACAGGGAUUCGGUCCCAAAUGGUUUGGCUACAUCGACAGAGCAGGAAGACCGCUUGUUGGUGUUGGUAUCACUCUGCUUGUUGGACUGCUGUGUUUCCUGGCUGCUUCCUCCAAACAGGACGAAGUGUUCACAUGGUUGAUGGCUCUGUCUGGUUUGUCCUCGAUCUUCACUUGGGGCUCCAUCUGCUUCUGUCACAUCAGAUUCAGAAGAGCUCUGGCUGUUAAGGGAAGAGGAACAGACGAGCUACCAUUCACUAGCGGAGCAGGCAUUUGGGGAUCUUAUUUCGGAACUCUGUUGAACUCGCUUGUUCUAGUGUCCCAGUUUUGGAUUGCCCUGUUCCCUGUCGGGGAGCCUCCAAACGCCAAGGUGUUUUUCGAGGCCUACCUGACCGUUCCUGUCGUCAUUUUCCUCUACCUGUUCCAUGUGAUCUGGAAACGCAAGCAAUUCGUUUUAUUUUUCCGCGCUAAGGACAUCGACGUCGACACCGGACGCAGAGAAACCGAUAUCGAGGUUCUUAAGGCAGAAAUCGCAGAGGAGAAAGCCUACAUCAAGUCCAGAUCCAUCUUCUUCCGGUUCUACAAGUUCUGGUGUUAG